ACAACAAUGUUUCGUAGAUUGCUUGAGUUGUUCCACUGUCAUGAAAAUGGCGGCUUCACUCUCACCGUGGUUCUCUCCCACCGCCUUCGCUCGCUCCAACCCUCGCACACCCAACACCAACAAGCUUUUCCCAGCCUCUAAACUCAAGAAGCAAGCCGCCAAACGCAAGUCCUCGCCGGAACCGGUGGUGCUCUCCGGCGGCGACGCCACUACCUACACUCGUCUUCCUCUCAAGCACGACUACUCAUUCCCCUCUACCCCGCUUUCCACUUCCGAAGUCAAACUCUCCGAGUCAAUUCACCGCAGCUACAAACAGAAACCAGGAAAAGAAGAAGAGGAAGAGGAAGAGGAAGAAGAGUUCAUUGAUGGAAGCUUUGAAGGAAAUGUUGAUUUUGAAUCUGAAGGCGAAGAGGAGGAGGAGGAGGAGGAGGAGGGAGAAGAAGAAGAGGAAUUCGGCUAUUGGGGUGAAGAGGGUGUUGAGAGUAACGAUGUUUCGAGUUUGGAGAACGACGAAAAUUCGGACGGUGAGGUGAAGGAGAAGGGGGUGCCGGCGGUGAUGCGGUGCUUCGACCGGGCUAAGGUAUACGCGAAGGCGGGAAACGGAGGGAAUGGGGUGGUGGCGUUCCGCCGGGAGAAGUUCGUGCCGUUAGGGGGGCCGUCGGGUGGAGACGGAGGGAGAGGUGGGAAUGUGUUUCUGGAGGUGGAUGGGGCAAUGAACUCGCUGUUGCCGUUCCGGAACGGCGUGCAUUUCAGGGCGGGGAGGGGGUCUCAUGGGCAGGGGAGCUUGAAGUGUGGGGCCAAGGGGGAGGAUGUAGUGGUGAAGGUGCCGCCGGGGACGGUGGUUAGGGAGGCCGGUGGGGACAGGGUGCUGUUGGAGAUGGUGUCUCCCGGACAGAGGGCGUUGUUGUUGCCGGGUGGCCGAGGUGGAAGAGGGAAUGCUUCCUUCAAGUCUGGGUCUAAUAAGGUUCCCAAGAUUGCUGAGAAUGGUGAAGAAGGUCCUGAAAUGUGGUUGGAGUUGGAACUCAAGCUGGUUGCUGAUGUUGGUAUUGUUGGGGCUCCAAAUGCGGGGAAAAGUACACUUUUGAGUGUCGUUAGUGCUGCAAAGCCAGAGGUGGCAAAUUAUCCCUUCACAACCCUGCUUCCCAAUCUUGGUGUUGUUUCCUUUGACUAUGAUUCAACGAUGGUAGUGGCAGACCUUCCGGGACUUCUUGAAGGAGCACACCGAGGUUUUGGUUUGGGUCAUGAGUUUCUACGACACACUGAGAGGUGUUCUGCCCUGGUACAUGUUGUUGAUGGUUCAUCACCGCAGCCCGAUCUUGAGUUUGAGGCAGUUCGUCUAGAGCUGAAGCUGUUUAAUCCUGAAAUUGCUGAUAAGCCUUUUAUUGUUGCUUAUAACAAAAUGGAUCUUCCAGAAGCAUAUGAAAACUGGGAGUCCUUCAAAGAGAAGUUACAAUCUUGGGGGAUCACACCUUUUUGUAUGAGUGCUGUCAAAAGCGAAGGUACUCAUGAAGUUAUCUGUGCUGCUCAUGAGCUUUUGCGUAAAAGCAAAGAAGAUAAGGAGGAGUAUGACUAUGAAGAUGGAAGAGAUAUGGUAAACUUGAACCAUGUAGCUGAUGCAGUACAGAAGCAGCGAAGCGCAUCCAUUAGUGAUUUUGAGAUUUUUCACGAAAGCAAUUCAAAUGUCUGGCGUGUAGUUGGAUCUGGAUUGCAACGUUUUAUCCAGAUGACAAAUUGGCGGUACAUGGAUUCAGGGAGAAGAUUCGAACAUGUUCUUGAGGCUUGUGGUGUGUAUAAGUCUCUCAUGAAACGUGGGAUAAAGGAAGGCGACACAGUGAUUGUUGGAGAGAUGGAGAUGAUAUGGCAUGAUUCCAAAGACAAGUCAGGUGCAUCAAGGAUGAAGAAGAUCUCCACAGAUUCAAUUAAAUGGCCUGAAUGGAAGUAACACCUCUCUAUUUUGGCGCUUCUAGAUCCAUGUGUAUUGCAACUAUGCCAUAGGAAGCAAGUUUAGUCAAAAUUUGAGAAUCUAUCUCAAAAAGCAUAAGGGUAAAGCAAGCCAAUUACAUGCUUGUCCUGUGAUGGUAUGAGGGUGCAUUUACAAAUUACAAUUUCAAAUUCUUUUAUUCAACUGGAAGCUAAGAUCUUCUGCAACUGCUCACAAGUGAAUAGGUAAGACUGCUCUCAUGCAGGUUGAAUAAUUUGAUGAAAUUAAGAGUGAAGAUCAAAUUUAGAGUUUCAAGUUUCACAUGAAGUCCCAGUUGUUAUAUUUUAUCUUUAGAUAGUUUGUAGCUUGUUUUAGUUGCUGGUAAACCAUAUUAUUAUUCUGUAUUCCAAGUGUAACAAAAAAAAAACAAUUUAUUACUCUUGAGAAGCGGUCCUGAUAUUGUAGGGAGGAAAAGAUGUUAAUGAUUAUAGCUGUAAUCUGCUACUAGCAAUGUAUUAGACAUACUGUGUUUUAGGGGUAUAAGAGGCUCUUCUUCAUCUAUUUACUGUAUCAGAGUGUCAAAAUGUUAGCAACAUACUAGCAUGUUUGGAUCAACAUAUUUUUCUUCGGAAUCAA